AUGAUUGAUGAAUUCACACUAAAUAUUGAACAUAGCAGCAAUCGAUCGUGUGAGCAGCUACAAAUGUAUAUCGGUGGUUGUGAGGGCACUGGGAAGUCACAAGUUAUCAAUGUUCUCAAAGAGUUUUUUAGACGUCGCAAUGAGGAGCGAAGAUUUCAGCUUACUUCAUACACAGGUGUGGCAGCCAGAAAUAUUUAUGGAAUGACGUUGCAUUCAGCUCUUAGACUUGCACAA